CAAAUCUGUGAUUCUGCGUCCACGUCAGUCGAUUGCGGGUUGCGGAAACAUAACCAAGAAAUGUGUUUGGACCGCUCAUGAAAUAUUUUGUUAUAAGCGGGUUUCUUCUAUAUAAAACUCGUUACCGUUUUAGUUAAAAAAUUUUGUAGAUACUUUUUUUCAUUAACCUACAUGAUCCGGCUUUGGGCGCAUAAUUUUUACGAUAAUUUAAUUCUACCUACAUUUGUUAACAUACACCUUCAACGUUGAAAAACAAUCAACAUGGAAUUAACUCUUUGGAUUUUUAUUGUUACUUGUUGCGGGAUUCAAUUUGUUAAUGGCCAAGGACAAAGAAUCGCCCCCGGAGUCCCUCCUCAACAUUAUCAACAGUAUCAGCAAAUGCCAGUGCAGAAUGUGCCGAUGCAGCAAGGUCAGCAACAGCAGGUUCCAAUGCAUCAACAACAGGUACCAAUGCACCAACAGCAGGUGCCCAUUCAACAACAGCAGGUGCCAAUUCAGCAACAUGUACCAGUUCAACAACCACCCCAUGGUCAUGGACAUGGCCACGGCCACAAUCACGGACAACCUCAGCAACUUCUACAUGCAGGAAAUAUCGCUCAGGAAAAAGAGCAUAUUCAAGAACACAUGGAAGUCCCAAUGGACACGAGUAAAAUGACCGAUCAAGAAUUACAGUUUCACUAUUUUAAAAUGCACGAUGCUGAUAAUAACAACAAAUUGGAUGGUUGUGAACUUAUCAAGUCACUAAUUCAUUGGCACGAACAAGGGAACAAAGAUCCUAACACACCUGAGCCAGAGGAAAAAAUAUUCAAAGAACAAGAAUUAGAGGCGCUUAUCGAUCCAAUUCUCGCUAUGGACGAUACGAACAAAGAUGGUUUUAUCGACUACCCAGAGUUUAUUCAAGCACAACAAAAAGCUUCAGCUACUGGAGGUCAACAACAGUGAUCAAUUUUUGCAAAAAAAAAGACUAUUGAUGCUUUGAUUUGUAACGAACAAAACUGUUGAUUUUUGAUACCGUACGGAACUUAAACUUUAACGAUGGGACUCACGUAUAUUUUGUUAUCCAGAGAAUGUAAUUUUAUUUGAUCUCGGAGCUGUUUGUACUUUAUUACCGAAAUGUGUAAAAAAAAAAGGGUGGGAAGAAAGGAGCUAUAUCUGUGUUUGUAUAUUUUGAAGUAUACAUUUAUUCUGCGAUCCGUCUUGCGUGAUAAAAGAAAAUUAUUACGAAACAUUUUUCGGUCUGCAUAUGUGUAAACGUAUUAUAAGAAAGUCGUAACAUUAUAAAUGCUGAGGCUUGUUAAGGGAAAACAAGUUUCAUUAAUAUUAGGGGUUUGGGAUAAUAAAUUGUAAUUAAUUAUUUAAAUUUUAGAAAAGGAAUUGUAUACAUAAGAUUUUAAUAAAUUAGGA